AUGACUCAGUUAACGCCAGGUCAAAUUGGGACCAUAGAGGCGGUACAGCGAAUGUCCUCGGUUCUGUCAAUUCUCGGCGCAUCAUUCAUUAUCGUCACUUUCCUGGGGUCCCCACGAUUUCACAAGCCAAUCAACAGACUUGCAUUCUAUGCUGCAAUAGCAAACAUCCUUUGCACCGUUGCGACCUCAAUCGCUAGAGCCGGCCCAGCAGCUGGGCGAGGUUCUGCGUUGUGUAACAUGCAGGGAUUAUUUAUUCAAACGUUCCUGCAAUCCGAUGCCCUGUUCAUCGCUUUUAUGGCACUAAAUGUGUAUCUGACCGUCAACAGAAAAUUCAGCUCGCCUCAGUUGAGGAAAUUGGAGCCUUACUAUGUCGGAGCCUCAUUUGGAUUACCCCUGAUAUCGGGACUUGUUCUCCUCUUUGUGCGCUCACCCGGCAAAGGUCCUGUAUAUGGCGAUGCUACUCUUUGGUGUUGGAUUUCGCAAGAGUAUGAUGUUCUGCGUUUGGCGACCUUCUAUGGUCCCGUCUGGAUCAUUAUUCUUAUUACUUUCGUCCUCUAUGUUGCAGCUGGGAAAACAGUUUUUCGUAUGAGAACCGACCUUCGUCGGUUUGACCAAAGGCAUGGGCAUCUUCCAACCCAGUCCACCAGUCAGACCGAGCUUUCUUCAUAUGCCGCACCAUCCGGAAAGUCUCCUCUGUCGGCUAUUCAAAUGACCACGGUUACCCAUAUCGAUCAUGUGGAAAAGCCGGAACCGAUUGGAUGCACUUAUCUUGCCGGCGAAAAUGAGCCGUACAAGUACACAGUUACAAUUGAAGCAACAAGCCGUGAACGUCAAAAUCAUAUUCGAGACAACGAACACGAAUUCGAGGCCGAGUCGGUCGGUGACAUUGAGCAUGCUCCUAGUGAUCGCGAUGGUGAAGAGGAACUAGUUCCAGGACACGGUCGCUCACAUUCUGUUGGUUCAAUUACUACUUCUAAUUCGAGUACGAACAAGCCAUCAUUGACAGCGACUGAGACUGCUACUGCUGUUCCUGUUGCUCCACCUAAUUCAAACCGAAGAGCUCUUGCUGCAAACAGAAAGACUAUGAGAGCAAAUGCGGCUGCGUGGGCAUAUACUAGAUGCGCUUUCCUCUUCUUCAUCGGUCUCAUCAUUACUUGGGUACCGAGUUCAACCAAUCGUGUCUAUGCCUUGAUCCACCCCGAAAAGCAGGAAUUCGCUCUCUAUCUCACUGCUGCCCUCGUACUUCCAGCCCAAGGUUUAUGGAACUUCAUCAUCUACCUUGUAACAUCAUGGGCUAGUUGCAAACUGAUGUGGAGGGACAUAAGUAUCCACUUCGGCUUGGGGUUCCUCAGGAAGAAACCAUCUAUUGAAAGCAUUCCUAGAAAUCGAAUCAAGAUCGGAAGCCAAUAG